AUGUCUUCUCAGUUACCACCGUCUCCUCAGAAUCUCUGUCCCCAGACACUCCGCCUUGUUAACUCUUCUUGUAAGGAAUCCUUGGUAGUGGUAGAGAUGCACUGGAAAGUCUCUGAGCAAUGUCAAAUUGGGACUUUCAAGUCAGAUAUUGGUAUAACUGAAUGUUCUCCGUGCCCUGCCAAGAGCCAUGCAGAUACAGUAGCAGUAACAAGAUGUACCUGUAUACCAGAUUAUUAUCGAGCACCAGGAGAGGAAGCUGCUCAUCCCUGCACAGCACCCCCAUCUGCACCCACAUCCCUCACUGCCGUGGUCGACGAAAAAUCAUCCGUCGUCACGUUAACGUGGCGCAACCCCGAAAACCUUGGCGGCCGGACCGAUAUAGACUUCAGAAUCGAGUGUCAACGAUGUCCGGCCGAUGUCCAGUUCUCAUCCAUCCAGCGAAUAGGUCAGGGGUAUGAGGUCAAUGUGAGCAGGUUAUCGUCGCAUACGACGUAUGAGUUCAGAGUACAUUCGUACAAUGAGGUCUCCAGCCAGAGCACGGUGGAUAAAUUUUCUGGCGUCAAUGCUACGACCUUCUCCUCAGUGCCUUCCGCUGUACGAGACUUGAAGGUAGUAGAGGAUGAUGUCAAUGACGAUUCAAUCAAACUAAGAUGGCGCCAGCCUCUCUUUCCAAAUGGUGAAAUCACAAACUACCAGGUGAUUUACCGUACCAGCGCCGAGACCCAGGAGAAUGUCAAGUACCAUUACCAGGGUGUAACGGAUGGAGAGGUUCAGGAAACCACGGUGCAUGGAUUGGUACCAGGAACAGAAUAUGUCUUUGAGGUUGCAGCCAAUACUGCAAGUGGGGUAGGUGCCUAUAGCCAACAAGUAUUAGCUACUACAUCAGGUUCUGGAGGUCAGUCUGUGCCAACAGUCAUUCUAGCAGCAGCAGUAUCAGCCAUCUUUAUCAUUGUCGUCUUGGUAGCUGUGGUCAUCUUCCUUGUCUUCUGGAGAAGAAAAUCCCUGAAACAGUUGAGAAAGGGCUUGUCUCAUACAGGCCCCGACGCCUCCAAUACUCGAUGGAAGGCCAAGCAGCAAUUGUACUAUCAGAUAUCCACUCUACCUCCUAGGAAAAAGGAAGUACCUCCAUCAGAAAAUGGCCAUCUUAUAUAUGCCAACGGCACAAAUGGUGAAGCAAUCACAUUUGGUCACUCAACAGUUAUUCUGCCGCCUCACAUCAAGAAGGUCAAGACUUACGUUGAUCCAUUCACCUAUGAAGACCCUAACCAGGCUGUCAAGGAAUUUGCUACCGAGAUUGAUGCAUCGCAGAUCAGAAUCCUUGAAGUCAUAGGUGGAGGUGAGUUUGGAGAUGUUUGUAGUGGACGGAUGCUUCUAGCAGACAAGACAACUAUCAAAGUAGCUGUCAAGACCUUAAAGACAGGUGCAACGGAGAAAGACCGGUCAGACUUCCUAUCAGAGGCUUCUAUCAUGGGUCAGUUUGACCAUCCUAAUGUUAUUAAACUUCUAGGUGUGGUCACGAGGACAAGACCAGCAAUGAUUGUGACGGAAUUCAUGGAGAACGGUUCGCUGGAUAAAUACUUACGGGAAAAUGAUGGACGAUUUACAGUGACCCAACUCCUGGGAAUGAUGCGUGGUAUCGGUUGCGGAAUGCGAUUCCUCUCAGAGAUGAACUUUGUUCAUCGCGACCUCGCUGCUCGCAACAUCCUGGUAAAUGAACAUCUUGUGUGCAAAGUAGCGGACUUUGGGCUGUCGAGACGCAAGGAGCUAGAUGGAGCCUAUGAAACAAGGGGUGGGAAGAUCCCUAUUAGGUGGACUGCUCCUGAAGCGAUCGGAUACAAGAAGUUCACGUCAGCCAGUGAUGUGUGGAGCCUUGGGGUAGUGAUGUGGGAGAUUAUGUCGUAUGGAGAAAGACCUUACUGGAAUUGGCCAAACCAAGAUGUAAUCAAAGCAGUUGAGAAGGGUUACAGAUUGCCACCUCCUAUGGAAUGUCCUGAAGCUAUUCAUCAGCUCAUGUUAGACUGUUGGCAACGAGAUAGAAAUCACCGUCCAACCUUUGCCACUAUUGUCUCAACGCUGGACCGGCUCAUCAGGAAUCCCAGUGCACUCAGACCUCUCGCCAAAAAUGGGAGUCCACUUGGCCUCAGCUCUAGCCUCAAUGAUCUGAGCCGCUUCAACUCUGUCUCUGAUUGGCUGGAUAGCCUCAAGAUGGGACGCUACAAGGAUUCCUUUAGCGCAGCAGGUUACGUCCGACUAGAAGACAUCGCCAGACUAUCACAGAGUGACCUACCAAGGUUAGGGGUCACUCUUGCUGGACAUCAAAAGAAAAUUAUGAAAGGCAUCCACUCCAUACGAGCUCAAUUAGAGCAAGCGGCAGAGACCUUGGUCUAACCUCUGACCCCCUGACCUUUCAACUCUGACCCAGCUAAACACUUCAUUAAGAACUUUAUAUGCAUAUAUUGAUGGAUGUGUUUGGGUAAUGGAUGUUUCUCCCUUGGACUAUAUCAAAGCAUGAAGGGAGACAUCAUCCCAAGCAACAGUUUUCGUGUAACUGUUCUUGAAAAGUCUCACUGUCUUCAACCCUUGAUGGUUGUAUCCAAGAUCUUGCAACAGGUCUGGUGUCCGAGUCUCACAUUGGUUCUCUAAGCCUUGUUCAUAAAAAUGACUUUGGAGACUUCUUUGAAGGAUCGUCUUGGAGUGGGUCAUAGUCGCACCUUGUACACCGAGAAUGCUGGAAGGUUCUUACAGAUCCGGCCUCCAGAACACCGAGUCUCGCAUCACGCCUCCAAGCUUCACUCCUAAAAGCCCUCAGAAAGUUCUUGGAAGGAACUUCUGGAUGUCGGACACCUUGUUGACUGAGUCAGCUGUUUGUUCUACGCUAUGAAGACUUGAAAUAUGCCUGUUACAAUUGGACAAUAGCAGUUAGUACAAGAGAUAAGACAAUUGCAAAUAUAUCUUGAAGCAACAACCUAUGUCAUCAACAAUGUCACCAUGUUCAUGUAGAUAACUUUCAAAUCCAAAAUGCUGAAUCUUCCCGUAGUUCUUACGCAGCAUCCCAGCAUUGAUUGCCUUGUCCAUCUUUUCCGCAAGUAUGGAUCGGGGCUUCAAUCAGAACACCCUUCGCACCUGAUAUUUCUUUGUUCGCUGAUCGACUCCGAGUAAGCAAUGCAAUAGAAAAAAUCCUAGAAAAUAUUAGUAAUGUGAAGGGAUCUACAGAAUGGUUUGAGCUUUGUAGUUUGUACUAGAACAGGUUUGAAAUGCUACGAGUAUAAAGGGAAAUGGAAUAAGUCAGGAAAAUAUUCUGUACUUGGCCGAUUGAGAGGACAAAUUUCUGAAAUAUGAAUUAAAUUUCUCCAUGGUCUGAUACAUGUAGAUUUUUCUGUAGAUGGAAGUCAAUUGGAGCGCAAAGGAAUUCAAAGUAUUCAGAUAUGAAAUCAGAUUCAGAAAUUGCACUGCCAGUACGGAUUAGGGAAAUGAAAUCAUAUCACUCUACAGAGUCUAAAUACUGAGAGUUCUAAGAAAUAUAUACAUGUAUAUACACAAUCGUUCUUUACCUGGACUGAUUACAACUUAACUCAAAGAAAAGAAAGAGAAAAUGAAGUAAAUUAUUUUUAUAUCAUAUCGGAUGUUGAGAAGUGAUUGACCUACAAACAUUGCUUUUAAUAGCACAUCAGGUAGACUAACAACCUUUCCCAAAUACUAUAUUUCAUUUUAUUUGACAAAGUUAAAGAAUGCGUCUCAAUCCACAUACAUUGUUACAGGGUAUCUAUUAUGAAAGAUUUCUGCAACACCAAAUUGUGUUUGGUGGUAUUUUCAUCGUAGAAUAAGUAAGCAUUUGUCCAAAAUAGUCUAACAUCUUGUCAAAUGUGAUCACAGUCAUUAUAAGUAAUUUGAUGAAUUCUAUUCACCCUUAUAUUUAAGGUGAAUAGAAUUCCCUUCUGAAAGUUAGAUAUACUUUCAUUUCUGAUGGUGAUGAAUUUAGUUUGACUAGUAAAUCCGAAAAGAUUUAUGUUCAAGUUUUAUGUAGUAAAGAAAAAACUCAAGUAAAGGACAAUCAUAGACUAAGUAUUUGAAGCAUAAUAUACUUUGUGCUUAUAUUUUGUGAUUUGAUAUGUAUAUAGAGAGCUACUGUGAUAUAUGUUCAGAUUGAGAUCUCUGCUUCAGAAAAUUAAUAUCGUUUUUAAUUCUUUUCCUGCUUGUUGUAUUUUCAGUUAUUUUUAACUAACCAAGUGGAAAGUCAUGAUGCUAUAUGGUUUAUUUGGGAAAUUUUAAUAUUUUUGUUGUUUAAUCAUAUGUAUAAUUUGUUCAACUCAUGUUUGUGUGAGGGAAAUGUUUUAUAUUUGUGUGUUGAAAGUAUUCAAGCACUGUUGUGUGAUGAAGGUAGUGCUAUUUUAUAACAGUUCAUAUGGAAAGAUAAAGAUACUAUCAUUCAUUCAAAGGAAAUUAAAAGUAUGAUUUUGUGCUAGAAUGAAAUUAAUUGAACAUGAUAUACCAAAUAUUUUAAUGUGCCAAUCUAAUGAUUGUUCUUUUUUACAUAAAUGUACAAGAUAAUUAUCCCCUUUUUAUUCUCUAAUAGGUAAGGAGUGUAAUGUUAGAAGAUGCAAGAAAUUAUUCCAUAGAAUUGAUGUCAAGCUAAGGAUAUUAAAUAAAUCUCCCCUGUAUAAGUAAAUGGAACAUCUCUUCUCUCUAGCCCUUAACUGUGGAUUUGUAUGUAAUUUCAGGCUGAUUUAGGGUUUGUCCACUUUGACUGAGGGUGUGUGAAUAAUGGUUUGUAACUUGCCAGUACUAUGAAAUGUUGCUGUCUGUUUUUAAACCUCCUUUGAGAUUUAAUUGUGUAAUUGAAACUGAUUUUGUCAUGAGAAGUCAAAAGUUUUAAAGUAAUUUAUUGUAAAUUAAGUAUUUUUGCAUAGACAAUCAAGUAAUAUAUUGUAUUUUGGAGGGAAAUCAUAGAUUUUCCAGGGUGAAGUUAUGUCUGCUGUCUAAUUUUUGUAUUACAGAGUGAUUUUUACAACUAAUAUAAAGUAAUAUAUGUAUAGCGGCUAUCAUGUGAAAUUCCAAGUUGGAUUUAAUUUGAAAGUGUGAAUUGCAUUUCAAAGCAUCAUGACUAAUACACUUUCAGAAUAUAGAGUCGUUCACACUGGUUAUUUACUUGAGAAUUAAUUUUAAUUCAACUUGUAAAGCACCAAGGUUCCAAUCAAGCAGGCAUGGUCUGUUUUAUAGGGGAUUUCAUGUAAUGAUGAAAAGGCCAUAUGGAUAUGCUUAUUUUUUUUCCAGAAACUGCACACAAAUAUGAUGUUAGAGUGAGCUGUAAGCUCCCUUAAUAUUAAAUCAAAUUAAAUGAAAAUAUUUCAAUUACUUGAAAUAAAAAUCAUAUAGAUCUCAAAGAUCAUGAUAUAACCCUAUGAUUGGGGACAAAUUAAUAGGAAUAAUCUUAAUGUUAUUCCUGAAGUGAUAUUAUAUUAUUUGGCACAAGUAAUUUAUUAUUACAAAAUGAUUAUUUUUGUUGAAUGAUUAAUAUUACAUUUUGUGUGUAGUAUUAUUGAUUCCCUGUCCUGUAUGUAUAAGGAAUUUACAUUUCUGUAUAUUACAUCAUCCACAUACAGGUGUCAGCAUAAGUAGCACAAGUUCAAUGUUGAGAAAUAAGUCCUAAUGAUAGUGUUACAAUUAUUACAUUGGUCAUUAUUAGUCUUGCAAACCAACUGUACGAUCAGUCGCUAAGUUUUGUGAUACUGUCCCCUAGCGUAUGCUCUCAAGUGGUUGGUAACAUAGAGCCUUGUGAUAUAAAAGAUACAAUUAAUUGUAACUAUAUGUUUAUGACAAACCAUGUACAAAAAAAUUAAAUCAGUUGUUGAUAUUAAUUCUAUCUUUAUAUCACAGGGCCUAGUUAAUAUAACUUGGACUUGUCUUAAAAUCUGAAAUUCUGAAUGAAGGAAUUCUGUGAUUAAUUUUUUUUUUGAGAGAGAAUGCUCACGCUGAAAUAUUUAAUUCCACAUCGAUUUGAAAUCAUACACUUUUCCCUCUAUGCAAAAUAGAUGACUCUCUCGAACCAAGACGUCUGUUCGUUCGGAGCCAGGGGUUAUAACGCCUUUCUGCCUCUGAAUGUGUGUGUAUUGGUUGCGCACGUGGAGCUGCAUACAUACGUUUGUUUUAUAUCUUGACAUAUAGAAUCACAUAUAGGUAUAUCAUCAUCAGUGUAUAUUCAAUGUAAUAUGCUUCCAGUUUUGAUGAUGUUGGUGAUAUGUUGUGAUUGUUGUAUUCUAUUUUAACCCAUUGCCUACUAGUAUUGGUUGGUUUCUAUAUAAAGCGUAUAGGGAUCAUAUAAUUCAGUAGUCUUUGGAUUAAAAUGUGAUUGUGAUAAACAGGUGUUUAAAUACUUCGGUUCUCUCUUUAUGUCUGUGCAUUUUUGUCAUUUUGUUGUCGAGCUUGGCUUUUUUAUAUAAAAACCCGCUGUGUAAAAUGUGUAAAAUAUUUGAGAAAUUAUUAUAUUGAUAUACAGAAUUUUUGAUGAUAUAAAUGUGGUUAUGAUGAGGACAAUUUUUGUUGUAUAAGCAUGUGAAAUAUGGUAAAUGAUAUGCAGUUUUGCUUAUUUCAUUUGACAGUGAUUUAUAUGUGUUUAACUAUUCUUGAUCUUUGUCUGUGCAAAAAGUUGUAUAUUUCGGAGAAUAUCAUUUUCUUAGAUGUUUUCUGAAGAAUUUAUUGAGGGCAUAGUACUGUUAUGCUUUACAUCUUUUAUUUUCAUCUUCUUAGUAAGAGGAGAAAAUUUUGAAAAAAUACAUAUAAUAAUGUAUGAAAGGCAACAUUGCACUUACAAAAUGCAAUCUAUAUUUACAAGUACAUUUGACUAAAGCAAAGUGCUAGAUAACAUGUAUGUAUAUACUUUUUGGUUCACAUGCAUAACAGUAUUAAUAAAUGCAUUAGCAUCAUCUUUUUUUUUUUGCCUAACUAUAGGUCUGGCUGCUUUUUGAGACACAAUUCCUUUUAAUGCCCCUCUUUUUCUAGUUUCAAUUAGGUUUUAUAUGUUUGAAAUGUAAAUUCUUUUUUAUUAACAGCUCAGUAAUGAUUGCACAGCAUUACAUUCAGUGUAUGUAUCUAAACCUUCACAAUCUAACUCAUAUUUUUUUUCCAGAUUUUUUCCAAGUGUUAAAAUCUCAGUUUUAGAAAUAUUUUAGUUUGUAUUAGAAGAUAACAACUUUUUCAAGUUCUGUUGUUUGUUUUCUGUUUUUGCUUUUGCAUUCCGCCUCUUGUUUUUUUUUUCUAGCUUCUUAAUCCUACUACUAGUUUACCCUGUAUUCUUCAGAUAGUUAAAGUUGUGAAUGUAUUUUCGUGAAUGAUAAAAUAAAAGGACAACGUUAGAGCAGUGAAAUUUCUUCAAACUGCCUUUUCAAAUUUGA